AUGACAGUCCUCGAAGAGAAUAUUACUACUGGCAGACAUGCAUUUCGAGUGCAAUCCGCAGCUGAACUGAUAGGGAAUACGCCCCUUGUCAGACUUAACAAAAUACCUCAAAGUCUCGGAAUUGAGGCAGAAGUCUAUGCAAAAGUUGAAUUUUUAAACGUCGGUGGGAGUAUCAAAGACCGUAUAGCUCUUCGCAUGAUAGAAGAAGCUGAGAAGUCUGGAAGGAUAAAGCCAGGUGAUACUCUGAUUGAACCUACUAGCGGAAACACUGGUAUUGGUCUAGCACUUGUUGGCGCAAUCAAAGGAUACAAAACGAUUAUAACUCUUCCUGAGAAGAUGUCACCAGAAAAAGUUGCUGUGCUUCGUGCGCUUGGAGCAACAAUUAUUCGUACCCCCACACAGGCCGCAUUCGAUUCCCCAGAGUCACAUAUCGGCGUUGCGAAUCGCCUACUGAAAGAAAUUCCAAAUUCACACAUUCUUGAUCAAUAUAGCAACCCAAACAACCCUCUGGCACAUGAAUUUGGCACCGCAGAAGAAAUUUGGACCCAAACCAACGGUAAGGUGAAGGCUGUCAUUGCUGGAGCAGGAACAGGUGGGACAAUAACAGGCAUAUCCAAAGGGCUUAAGAAGCAUAAUGCAGAGAUCAAGGUUGUUGCAGCUGAUCCAUUCGGUUCUAUUCUUGCAUUACCCGAAACUUUAAAUCAAGAGCAUGCAAAUGAAGCUUACAAAGUUGAAGGCAUUGGAUAUGAUUUUAUCCCUAAUGUCUUAGACCGAGAAUCAGUCGAUUUAUGGUACAAAACGGAUGAUCGAGAAGCCUUCGCAUUUGCGAGGAGACUAAUCGCUGAGGAAGGACUUUUGGUUGGCGGCAGCAGCGGAAGUGCUAUGGUAGCUCUGGUCAAAUGUGUCAAGGAUCUUAGACUUGGCAAAGGAGAUACGGUAGUGGUCAUUUUACCUGAUAGUAUCAGAAGCUAUCUCAGCAAGUUUGCCGAUGACGACUGGUUAGCAGCCAACGAUCUUCUCCCGCCUCCCCUAAAAAGUACGCUACCUACUCUUGAGAUGGAGAAAAACUCGAAAACAGAUCCGUAUUUGGGCGGAACUAUUCGGUCACUCAGAUUAAAGCCUGUAACCACAGUCUUGGCGAACACACCGUGCGCUGAAGCUGUAGAGACAAUGAGGGAAAAGGGUUUUGACCAACUUCCCGUUCUCGGAACUGCAAGCGGAAAGCUUGUUGGGCUUAUAACCCUCGGAAAUCUCUUGAGUUGGAUAAGUCGUGGCCGAGCAACUGGAAAAACUCCUGUCUCAGAUGUUAUGUUUGACUUCUCUUCCGUGCCGGAAAUAGUAACAGACUCGAGGGAUAUAAGCCGAUGGGAUCAUACACCGAUCUCAGGCAAACCUCGGAAUAUCAACAGUAGGAAACGACAGGAAAGGCGCCAAUAUAUUGAAAUCACUAUGGAGACGCCGCUGAUAGCUCUAGCCAAGUUUUUUGAAUGGAACAGCGCAGCCAUCGUAACUGAAAAGGGUAGCACAAGCAGCAGAGAUCUUUCCAAACCUCUGGCCGUAGUUACGAAGGUCGAUCUACUAAGCUGGCUAGUUAAGCAAACUAAAGUCAGCUAG